ACCACAUGGCAGUGAUGAGAGUGUGGUUAUCCUUGGCAGGUGGUGAAAGGAACACACCAUGAAGACCAAGUUUUUCAGUUAGACCUGUGCGAUAACUGAGACUCAGUGUGCUGACAAUGGAGGUACCAUCCAUAUCAGAGGUACUCUCAAUGGAGCUGGCCACCGAGCUGUCGGAGGAUCAGCUCGAACUGCUCCACUCUGGUCUGGACGGGCUCAAUCAGCAGACAGUCGAUGGAGCUGACAGCACACAGCUGAGGGAGCUCCUCCUGAGAGCGCAGUACGUGAUGCGCUACAAACAUGCUCAGUUGGCGGUCGCAAUGGAGGAGAUUGAGAAACUUGGCGAGGCGACGGGGGAGAAUGAACAGCUGAAGAAGAGGAAUGCUGAUCUACAGCAUCUUGUCAACACGAUCAAGUCUAAGGGCACAGACUCUGGCAGCGCCAGUGUGCGGUCUGAAUUGGAGGACCUCCAGGCGUCCCGGGCACAGCUCAAGAAGGACCUCAAGGCCAAACAGCGCCAGCUGGAUGACGAGAAACGGGAAAACGACAAGCUCAGCGCGCGGGUCGAGGAGUUGGAGUCGGAGCGACGCGAGCUGCGCCGGCAGCUGGACCAGCUGAACAGCACGCUGGAGGGCAUGCGGCCCGACUACGACUCCAGAUCGGACCCGGAGGACGCCGGGGAGAGCCAGUACGCCGAGCUGCUGCGUCAAAAGAACCACUACAUCAACGUGCUGCUGGAUGAUGUCGAGGCUCAUGAGCGGGAGAAGUCUGAGCUGCGCGAUCAGGUGACGUCGUUACGCGAGCAGCUGUCGGAGGCCACCAGUCAGAUUGAGACCAUGACGGCCGAGUUUGACCAGCUGCGGCGAAAACCCCGGCCGGCCGAGCACGAGAGCGCAGCGGCGGCCGGCGCCGGCGACCCUCCGACCGACCGCGCCGUGCAGCGACUACAGGCCGAGGUGGCCGAGCUGCGGGCGCUGAAGGCGCGCAGGGACGCCCAGUUCGACCAGCUGGCCGCCGUGGUGGAGGAGCGCACCGAUCAGUUCAAACGGCUCAUCGCGCAGCGGCACGCCGAGAUUGAGGAGCUGCAGUCGCAGCUGCGACGGGCCAGCAACAGGGCCGCCGACCAGACGCGUCUCGCGGAGCUGGAGCGUCUAUGCGCCGACCAGCGGCGUCAGCUGGCGGCGCGCCAGGCAGAGCUGCAGCGCGCCACCGCGGAUAUGGAGGCGAUCGCGGCGCGACUGGAGACGGAGCGGCGCGCCGGCGCCGCCGAUACCGACACUGGAGGCGGUGACGCCGCGGCUGUGGUGCCCGGUGACUCUCUGCUGAAGGUGCGCUCUGAACUGAGUCGGUCCGAGGCUCAGGUGCGCCAGCUCACCGACCGACUGGAGAGGACCGAACAGCAGGCGGCCGAAUACAACGAUCAGGUGACCCAGCUGACCGCGCGACUCCGGGAAGUAAUGGAUGGCGAGUUCGGCCUCUCGGAGGCGGUGGCAGAGAUUAAGGAGGCGCAGCGCCAGAUCGGCGUGAGAGACCGACAGGUGACCGAACAGAACAACUUCAUCAACCUCAUGCAGCGCCACCUCACCGAGGUGGUCGACGAAAACUCGGCGCUCAGGAGCCGACUGGGCAUGGAGCCGCACGAGGCGGCGGAACUGGUGGCGGCGGGUAGCGGCGGUCGGGAGAAACUGGUCCACGUACUGGAGCGAGAGGUGCAGAAACUGGAGGAGGAGAGAAUCGCACUCAAACUGGAGAACCGUAAGCUGAGCCGCCAGUUGCGCUCGGAGAGCCAGUCGGGCCUCUCUCCGGAGGAGAUUCGCGACAUCUGCCGUCAGAGGAAGCAGUUCUGGGAGUACGUGCGCCGGCUGGGACCCGCUUCGGUGCCGGCGGAGCGUCGGCCCCGGCCGGCCGGCGAGCUGCUGCAGCGUAUCACCCAGCUGGAGUCGCAGCUCUCGGAGAGCAGAGAGCGGCUGGCGCAGGCCGAGUCGGCCGGCGCGCAGGCCGCCGCCGAGAACCACCAGCUGCGCACCGGACUGCGGGAGGUGCUGGAGAGCGUCCGACAGCAGGACGCCGUCAGCUCAGUGAAGGUGGCGGCGCCCACUCUGGAGGCACUGCUGCAGGCGCUGGACACCCGCAGUCUGGCCGGCGGCGAGUACCGUCCGGCCCUGGUGCCUUACUCUGCCCUGCAGCAGCUCGAGGGACGAAACGAGGAGCUGCGCGACCAGCUGAGGGCUGCCAGAGCCGAGAGUCGCAGCUGGCCCGUCGUCCCGGCGGCGGCGGGCGGCAGCGGCACCGGCGGCGUGGCGGAGGUCCUGGCGCCGGCCGGUCUGCGGCUGCCGGCUCACCUCUCAGUCUCCAGCAGCCAGCUGGUUGGACAGCUGACUGCACAGCUCACAGUGGCGCUGAAGGCGGUGGACGACGCCGGUCGGGAGAGCCAGCAGACGCGCUCGGAGUUGGAGCAGCUGCGUGGCCAGCUGCUGGUGUGUCGUCACCAGCUGGGGCUGCUGCACGAGCGGCGGGCAGAGGACGCCGAGACGUGGCGCCAGGAGCGGGGAGAGCUGGUCUCCGCCCGACAGGAGGCAGAAACUGAGACCAAGGCUCUGCAGGCUCAGGUGGAGCAGCUGCAGCUGCAGCGGCCGGCCGCCGACACGGAGCGGCAGCUGGCGCUGACGGUGGCGCAGCUGGUGCGCGCCGAGCGCCGGCUGCGGCUGACAGCUGCCGACAGGGACCAGCUGCAGCAGCGGCUCACCGCCGCGCGUUCCGAGCUGCAGAGGGCACAGCGGGCAGCUACAGACGCGGUGGCAGAGCUGCGUGCAGGGAAGCUGACGCUCUGA